CUAGACCGUCUGGUUUGCGUGUAUGCCAGAACUGUUUUUGUUAGUGACCACUCUGCUUUCACUCAAACCACUGACGGUUCGCUAUUUAUUACGCUUUUGCCUUCAGCCGACUUUGCCAGUUGCUCCAAAUAUGGGUUGUAGCUUACCUGGAGCUUGCUCAUCGCUACCUUGCAGUUUGCAUUAGGCAAGUACUGCCCACUAUAGGCUUACUGCAGUUGUUUUCUCCGCGUCGCAUUUGUCGUAGAAGUCGCCAACUCCAUGCCUGCUCGCAUGAGGUACUACUAGAUACCUUACGACCUUGAUAUUUUCAGCAGUAGUGCCUUUGAGAAGAAGGGCGCUACAAGGGACAAACCUUUAGCUGCAAUGCCCGAACUAUAAGCACGGCUUGCUUUGCCGCAUCCAAACGUUAACAAUGCUGAGGCGUUUCGGAAGCAGCCGUGACAAGUCCGAUAUGGUCGGAUUGCUGUUACUUACCUUGUUGGUGGCAAGCUUACAGGCGUACUUGAGUGACGCGGCAAACAUAGCCCUGAGGAAGAAAACAUACGCCUCCUCGAUCUUCAGCAGCAGUUAUAACAGCAGUUACGCCGUUGAUGGUGCAGUGAGCAAAACUGCAGCCUUCUUCAUGUCAGCUGGUGAUGUGGACACGGAUCCUUGGUUUUCUGUUGACCUUGGCGGUCUUGCCAAUAUUACAUCCGUGUCCAUCUACACCCGCUGCGAUUGCUGUGUUAAUCGCACAAGGAAUGCGGAGCUACGUAUUGGCAAUGCCAGCAUUACCUCGCGAGAGGACAAUGUUAAUUACAACAAGAUGGUAGCAAACGGGAUUGCUCCGGAUAGGUUGUGCUCGCCGUACAGUAUUAGCAUGUUAACUGAGACAAUUGGACGAUGGGUAACAUUUCAAAAUCACAAUCCUGAUUGCACUGGUAUAGAAUGUGCCCUGCAGAUCAUCGAGUUACAAGUCUUUGGCACUGUCGGUAAGCAUGUUGGGACGGCGGGGUGUUGCAGCGGUACUUUACCAGGUGCUGCAGAACCAUGCAUGUACAUUUAACAGGGCGUUGCUUUAAGAGUGCCAUACUACUAGAAAGCAGGUCGGUUACUAGCUACCUUUAUGUCAUGCAUGCCCGAUUUCGUUGCCUAUCUAGCCGCCGUUGAUUGGACAAACUAUUCUUUGUUUGCGUACCAGGGGGGGGGGGUACCCAUCAGGUUUAUAUAUAAACUUUAUAUAUAUAAUUUAUAUAUAUCAGGUUUAUUUCCAGUCCUCAUGUUAGGAUUUUGAAAGCUGUAUUGCCAUCCUUUCUUCGUUUCUUAUACGUAGAAUUAGUUCUAUCAGCAAAAUGGUCACUUCUCGGCUUCCGAUGUUCCAAUGACACGUCACCUCUGAACCCACUCUGGGGAAUACCCCCCCCUAAAUCUUCGUAUGCGUAUUCGUAUUUUUGGGUUAUGGAAACAUUCGUUUACGCAGGGGGGGGGUAGGAAACGCGAGGACAGACCCCAUGAUUUAAAGUUAAAGAGCUUAUUGAGAGCAUUCCAAAUCUGCUUUCAGAAUUUUAAUUGGAGUUGUACG